GCGCAUGCAAAGCCACGUGUAAAACAUCGACCGGAACUCCACCAUCUCGUCGCCUUUUCUCCAACAGCGACGACAACAGUUGUAGACACCGUCUGACCCAACUCAUCACCUCUUUCCAUUCCAUUUCCGUCGCCAAUUUAUGUUACAAAAGCCCCCACAUUUCUCCCUCUAUAUAACACACACACACACACACACACACACAUAUUCUCUGUCUUAAAUUUUUCUUUUCAUCAUCUCAAUUUCACCACCUCUUACUCUUUUUGUUUUAUUAUUAUUGUUAUUGUUAAUUUUUACUUUCUCUGUCUAUCUCUCUCUAUAUCUCAGCGAGUCUUUCACGCAACCUCCUUUUACCAGAAGAGGAAUUCAUUUCCCUUUCUUUUCCUUUGUUUUAUGACUCUUUGGUAACUUACUGGCUCAGGAAGUAUUUAUUUAUUUUAUGACGGUUGUAGACCUGCAAGUGUCACUGCACUAAGCAUUACUGAAAUAUUUAUCACAUUCGCUGGAGCAUUGUAAGAGUACUAGGCUGUGGAUUUUCUUUGUAAAGUUGAUUAAAAGAUUCUAUAGCUUUCAAUUGCUUACUCAAGUAGAGCUUCUGAAGCUUCCAGUGGGGUAUUUCUACAGUGUUGCUUCCAGUGACAAGUAUAUAUGCAGUUGAAAGAUAAUUGUUUAGCAUCCAAGAUGACCGGUGUGAAAAGAAGUCGUUAUACUGAUUCAGAUAUUCGUACCCUUCAUAAUGAACUAGAUGAGGUCUCAUGUCCUAUCUGCAUGGACCAUCCGCAUAAUGCUGUUCUCCUCCUUUGCAGCUCUCAUGAGAAGGGCUGUAGAUCUUACAUUUGUGAUACAAGUUCCAGACAUUCAAAUUGCCUGGACCGUUAUAAAAAGCUGAGGGACAGUUCUGGGAGCAAUACCACCUUAGACAGUAGUUUACCUAUCAACUCAUUCAGUUCCAGUAAUAUUUCCGAUACAAGCUUGACUUUGGGAGCUCGCGUGCUUGAUUCUUAUGAAAAUCAUAAUCAAAGUGACAGUGAUAAUAUAACAUCUGUUAGAAUGCCUGAGCAACUUUUAGAAAAUAGUAUCCAACAUCCUAAUAGACAGGUAGAGACACGAGGAGAAGGCGUUUUAGAGGCAGGUGAUUCUGAGUCAUUUCCUGAUAGGAUUGAACUUGAAGAGGCUGAUGUGGUGAACUCAUCAGAGGCAGGAUUGAGUUUGAAAUGCCCUUUAUGCAGAGGAGCUGUACUAGGAUGGGAAGUUGUGGAAGAGGCCAGAAAAUAUCUAAAUUUGAAGAAGCGAAGCUGCUCUCGGGAAUCUUGCUCAUUCUGUGGGAACUACCAAGAAUUGCGUAGGCACGCUAGGAGGGUUCACCCAACAACCCGACCCUCUGAUGUUGAUCCAUCCAGAGAACGGGCUUGGAGAUGUCUUGAGCGACAGAGGGAAUAUGGUGACAUUGUCAGUGCCCUUCGUUCAGCCAUGCCGGGUGCUGUUGUGGUUGGCGAUUAUGUUAUAGAAAAUGGUGAUAGGUUUUCAGUUGAAAGGGAAGGUGGUGCAGGUGAAGUUAAUGCCCCAUGGUGGACUACUUUCUUUUUGUUUCAGAUGAUUGGCUCAAUUGAUGGUGCAGCCGAACCAAGGGCUCGGUCAAGAGCUUGGACAAGACACCGCAGAUCAGGUGGAGCAUUACCUGAGCGUCGAUUCCUUUGGGGUGAGAAUCUGUUGGGUCUGCAGGAUGAUGAUGAAGAUGAUGAAGGUGACUUGCAUAUUCUAAGUGAUGCAGGUGAAGAUGCUUCACCAAUCCCAAGAAGACGGCGGCGUUUGACUAGAUCAAGGUCUGAUGAUCGAUCAUAAGAGAUGGACAUCAUUUUUCUGGUAAAUCUCUGGCAUUUAGUAUGUAGUGGAAUGUAAUGUGAAUGCCCAUCUGCUGAUCAAUGGGUAUCGUUUACCAUUAGGUUCCAUUAACAUGCAGAAAUUGCCAGCAGAUGAGUAUGGUGAUUAAGACUCAAGAACUCAGAAACCUAUUCGCCCCGGGCUAGUUGAGCAAGAAAGAUCUUCAAAAUGGUUAAAAUGUGCGUUUCAACUUUCAUGGUCUCCUGCUUUCGAUUGUUAGGAAAACAUGACUACAGUACAAGAAGAAUGAUGUAGUCUGUAGAUCUUAUCUUUAGUACUAGCAGCAUUUCUAUUCGGUUGAAGUUGGAUUUGGUUACUCAAAAUCUUAAAACUGAUAUCAGAUUGUUGUAAUAGUCUUAGAUAUGUUAUAUUCAUGUCAUUGAUCUGAAAGAGUGAAAAGGAAAGGAAAUACGACCUUUUGUUGCUUGCAAUUACUGAAAUUGCACUGUAUAAUCUAGUUGACAAGUAACAUUGUGUGCAGUGUUGUUUGUGGUUUUA